GCCAGAUGAGAGAGUGGGUCAGGUGUGUGUGGUGCUGAGCAGCCCCGAGGCCGUCAUGGCCGUCCGGUCUCAGCUGGUGGGAAUAGCGAGGGCCCUCUGGUCUAACAGCCCCCACCACGGGGCUCGGAUUGUCGCCAUGAUCCUCCAUAACCCCUCUCUCCUCCAGGAAUGGAGGGAAAACCUGAUGACAAUGUCAGAGAGGAUCCUGGGAAUGCGACAGGAGCUGUACCAGGCUCUCAAGGCCGUCGGAGUACGCUGGGACCACAUGUUGAGACAGAAGGGAAUGUUUUCCUACACUGGACUAACAGUACCCCAGGUCGAAUACCUGAUCAGCAAGUAUCACAUCUAUCUUAUGAAGAGCGGUCGUAUCAGUCUUUGCGGCCUCAACUCUGCAAACAUACAGUACUUUGUAGAUGCAGUGAAAGAUGCUGUCGCCAUCCAUCCUGAGAGAGACUGAAUAAAGCCAAGCCACUGUUGUGUGUUCGUUCUUGUAGUGUUGUAGUGUGUGUAUGCCAUCUUUUAUGGUCACUUUGGAUGGCUUUUUGCGCAUGCGCAACAUCACGUUGACCUUCAACCUUUUGGACGUGAGUUGAAGUGAAACAAUUAUGUCUUCAAACAGCGUGCAAGACUUGGAGAAAGGCUCCGAUCUGGAGAGCCUCUGCGGCUUGUACCGAGGACUGGUGGUGGUUCAUUUCUGGGCUCCGUGGUCUCAGCCUUGCAAGCAGAUGAAUGACGUAAUGGUCGAGCUGGCGGAGGAGCAUCCUGGAGUCAGGUUUAUCAGGGUGGAAGCUGAAGAGUUUCCGGAAGUUUCUCUGAAGCACGAAGUAGUGGCAGUCCCAACCUUCAUCUAUUUGAAAGGAGGGAGAAUGGUAGACAGGGUGAAUGGCGCACACGUCCCUGAGCUCUCGAAGAAGACGGCUGUGCACUCUGACCUGGUAGCCCCACCCCCUCCUCCAGCUGACUCCACCCAAACCAUACCCACUGAGGACGUGAACGCAAGGUUGAAGAGGCUAACUACCUCGUCCAAGUGUAUUCUGUUCAUGAAGGGAAAUCCUCAGGAGCCACGCUGUGGGUUCAGUCGACAGGUGGUGGCUCUCCUGGACGAGGCCGGUGCCGACUACACCACAUUUGACAUCCUCUCUGACGAGGAAGUCAGACAAGGUCUGAAGAAGUUUUCCAACUGGCCCACCUACCCACAGCUCUAUGCCAAUGGAGAGCUGGUGGGAGGUCUGGACAUACUGAAGGUACUAUGUAUACCCUACUGACUGUGUGUGUGUGCAGUGGUAGGUCUGUGGAACCGGCUUGUGAAAAGCUUGGGACACCAAACAGUGACAUUAUUUGCACCCCAGUAUCGACUUACUGGGGGUGAAGGUGGUAGUGUUGUCCUUGGUCUGCAGGAACUGAAGGAGAGUGGAGAGUUGCAGGAGCUUCUACCAAGAACAAGGCCACUGGAAGAGAGGCUGAAGGAGGUGAUAAAUCAAGAACAUGUCGUGUUGUUCAUGAAAGGCUCAGUUGAGAGUCCACAGUGUGGUUUCAGUCGCAGUAUUUGCGAGAUACUCAAGGACAACAGUGUCAAGUUUGGGACAUUCGACAUCCUCUCAGACGAAGAGGUGAGACAAGGGCUCAAGAAAUUCUCCAACUGGCCCACAUACCCACAACUCUACGUCAACGGACAACUGAUUGGCGGCCUGGACAUUGUCAAAGAGUUGGAAGAAAGUGGAGAACUGCAAGCUACUUUAUCUUCAACUGAUCACAGCAAAUAGCACAAAAACUAAUAAUCAUUGUUAAUCCUCAGAUAAUAUACAGAAUGAUGUAUGUGAACAAAUGGUGUGUGUGUGUAUUCAUAUAUACAAAAUGGCUGAAGGUCACAGUCAGAAGUGUUUGGACCAGGACUAAUGAACAGGGAGAGGCGAGGCUAGGUGUAGUUAGUAGUGGUGGUCAUGGUAAAGUGGAGGAGCGUUUGGCCCAAUAUCUACACUACACCUUGACAGUGGUAAAGCUGGACUCCCAGUCCCGGGCAGACCCAGAGGACCAGAGAUUUGAGAUUUUCUGAUGGGAAGUCUGGUGGUCCUAAUGGACCGUGUCGCUCUCUCAGCUGCCCGUAAUUGGUGUCCAGGAGGGGAAGAAGGAGGAGGGGGAGGAGAGGGCUGGGCAGAGCUCAGAACCUUCUUGUCUCUGCUCGGCCGUAGUCGCGGUAAAAGAGCCUUCAGACUAGGUACACCAUCACACUGGAUAUCUCUUGGGUUUAUUUCUGGUUCUCCGUGGGUACUUCUUGCUAGGAAGGUCCUCGAUAUUCUCCUUCGCUGGGAGCUUUUGUUUCCUGCCACGCUUCCUCGCAAUGGGGGGUGUGGCAUCGAUAACAACUCUGGUGGUGGUGGUGUCAGUGAAGGUGUCCUCCAUUAGGAGAGAGCUGCGCUCCAGAACAGCAACACGGGGUUUGGAGUCGCUGCGGGGCAGACCCUCAGGCACAGGAGACGGGGAGGGGACCUUAUCAAUGGUAGAGGUUGGAUGGAUGUCGGCACCGCUGUCCUCCUCUGUACUCUGCAUCUCCUCUCCCUCAGAGGAAGUGGUUUCUUUCUCUGAGGCAACGUCUUUCCACUGCAUUGUGUUGGCCCUCGCCUGCUGUUGUUUCCCUGGCCUUCAGCUCUGUUUCUUGAGCUGCCAGCUGUGCCCGCAGUUCUUUCACCUCAUUCUGCAGUGCCUCACGUUCGCCCACCACCCCUGCUGCCAAUUGCCGGACCAGCUGGCUGUGAGCUCCACACCUCUCGGCCAGCUCCAUGCAACUGCUGCUGAGCUCAACCUUCACCAACAUCACCUGUUCCAGGAGAGAGCCCACCCUCGCCUGCGUUUCACUAGUCUGGACAGCCUUGGCAGCUUGGAGAGCAGCUAACACCCUCUCUUUCUCCACUAGCUGUGACUCCAGACCCUCCAAUUGCUCCUGCAGACUGGAGAUCUCUCCCUGUGCUACCUCAGAGCUAGCCUUGCUGGCUGAUAGCUGUGACUCCAGACCCGCCACUUUCUC